CUGAUUUGCUGCCCGUGGUGGCUGCCACUGUUUCGCUUUUAUUGGAGCCAGGAGCAUGCGGUUGCCUCGCUGGGGGGAAGGGACAAGAGAGAGGGACGGAGGGCUGUCUUACAAGCUACAGCAGUGUUUCCCGAGAGCACCGCGCAUGCGCCAAAGCCCUUCCGGGUCCUUGUGCUUCCCCUCUCGCUCCCACAGGGGUCACUUCCGGCUGCUUGAGGGAGGGCGGGGGUCUGUAUCCGGGUCACCGGCGGCUUCCUGCAGGCGGGCGGCUGGCCGCGGGGCGCGCUACGGCUUCCCCUCGUUGCGAGCUAAAAUUACAAUUACUGAAAACUUGUAAAAGACUCACUAAUCUGCCUGUUGCAGAAUAACCAUGGAAGAAACAAGGUAGCCACCCAAAAGUGACCCAAAGUCCUAUUUCAAUGGAUACGAAAUAUAAAGAAGAUUUAUUUAGGAAAUAUGUACACUUCCAUGAAUCCAAACUGAAUGCUUCUGACAACAAACAGCGUCCUGUUAAUGAUGAGUAUUUGCGAGCGGCAGCAUCAGCUUUACUUUGCCUUCCCAAGAUUGAUCCCUUUUAUAGAUUCCGGUUGAUUAAAUUUUAUGAGAUGGUUGAAAAUUCCCUAAGAUCCCUGAAAUCCUCCAAUUUACGUUCUCUCCAUAAUGCAUUCACUUUGCUGGAGGUAGUAGGUGUUAAUCUCUUUCUUUACCCUUGGAAGAAGGAAUUCAAAACUAUAAAGACCUACACGGGACCUUUUGUCUAUUAUGUAAAAUCCACACUACCUGAGGAGGAUGUAAGACAGAUUCUGAACUACAUGGGGUAUGUCCAAGAACUGGGAACCAUGUAUAAGCUCAAAGAGCUGGUUGAUGCCAUCCAAGUCAAAAUGGUUUCAUUUGAACUCUUUUUGGCAAAAAUAGAGUGUGAACAACUGCUUGAAAUUCAUUUGCAAGUGAAGGAUAAAGGUUAUUCGGAGCUUGAUGUUGUAAAUGAGCGAAAAAAUAGCAAUGAAGAUGUUAGAGGCUGCUCAGAAGCUAUGAAACGGCGCACAGAAUGCAAAGAAAACUUGAACACUUCUAUGGCACGCAUGGUUCUUCAGAAAUCUGCUAGUGAAAGAGCCUCUAAAGAUUACUUCAAGCCAAAAGUAAGCAAGCCUUCUAAAUCCGUCGACACAUAUGACAGCUAUUGGGAAAACAAGAAACCACCAUUGAUGACUACAUUGAGUCUCAGAAAAGAACCAAUUUUGGUUGAUACAGAAGAUGACAUUAAAGAUGAAAUAAUACGUCCAUCACCAUCUCUUCUUACGAUAUCAAGUUCUCCACAUGGGUGUUCAGAUGAAUUUUUGCCAGUUCCAUCCCAUCCCAAUGGCAUGUUAAGAACAACUGUCCCCCACAACUCCUAUUUUUCCACUCCAGAAGACUUAGAUUUGUAUACUGAUCCUGAUUCUAGAAGUAUGGUACAUUUUAAAAGACAAGAAGCUGGUAAACCUGAUGUAUGGCUAAUAAGAAAUGAUGCCAAUCCCAUUUACCACAAACGUACACAUCUAGCCAAAGAGACAACUUCCCUCAAGUGCCAGAAUUGUGGCAUAUCUUGUGGCUCUUCUGUUUGCCAAAAGUGUGACAAUGUGCUCAUCUAUAGGCAGGAAUAUCCAGCAGUGAAACAGAGCAGUUAUUCAAUCAAAACCAUUCCAAAUGAAGGCUUGUCUCCUGGCUCUGCAUUGAGAGAGAAAUCUCAGUAUGCAUUUCAGAGUCAAGAAAGAGCUGCUCAACUCAGUUCAAAAUCCAAGCCUUCAGGCACCCUGCGAUGUGGCUUCUGUAAUCGAUCUGGAGCUGCAAACACAUGCACGUUCUGUUCAAAAGUCUCAUGUGAUGUUUGCCUCAAUGCUUACUAUUAUGAUCCCUGCUGUAGAAAGAGUGAGCUCCACAGAUUCCUGCCUAACAAUCAAUUAAACUAUAAAUCAACCCAGCUGCCACACCUUGUUUAUAGAUAGACUUGAAAUUGUGUGUUUGAGUGGGGGGGAAACAAGGGCUAAAACACAUGGAAUUUUCUGAUUUCACUGGUAACAAAUAUGAUACUGACCUCUUUAUAUAUAAGUGUAAAAAAACAGCUAUGUCCAGUAUUUGGAAAUACAUUUCAGUGACUAGGUGCCAGUUUCAGUUUUAGUGGCUUCACAAAUGCUGCAUACACAUUAGAGUUCAUGCUGCUACCAUUUAGAUGAUUCUUAUCCAAUAACUUCUUUUCAAUUUAGAUGUAGGAGAAAAGCACAUUUUCCUUUAAAACUUGGCAGCUGUUGCACUUUGACACCACACCUUUGUUAUUACAUGGCAGUUAUUGCCUCACCCAAAUAAAACUUCAUAAGAAUAUAAAAUCAAAAUUCAGAGCAGCGUUUUCAGUGUAUUGUGAACUCACUGUCUGUUUUGAUAAAGUAACUUUAAAAUAUUUUCAGGAAGUAUGUGAAUUACUUGGUUGCCAAAAAGGACUCAUUUAUGAAGAGUUUGGCUGCAUUUCCUGAGCUCUAAAAUGUAAACACCAGGACAUCUUCCCUUCAUGUUUCUUCCUUCUCCUUUCCAUCCCUCGAUGUUUAUCUCAAGCUUAUACAAUCUGAAUUUGAAGAGAGUUCUUGCUUUAUUUUCUAGUGUUGCCAAUAUCAUCCUGCUCGUUUUUACUGUGUGAUUUUUAAAAGGUGAAUCUCUAUACAUGUCACUUAAAUUAUGCCUGGAGUGUUGUCUUUCCAAUUGAGUUUUGAUUUUAUUCAUCUUCUGUUGUACAUGUGUUCAAUCCCAUUCUUUGUACUGUAUAUAGGUGAUUUGGAAACAGUUUAUUUUUUAAUAAAUAUAUUCAAUAUGUUGAAUUCUAAAGGUGGUAAAAUCAUUAUGUAACUAUGAAGCCUCUCUGGGUUACUUGUUCAGAUUACUUUCCUUUUUUUUUUUUCACUUGUACUGUAUUUCAUGGUUUACUACAGUCACUGUGGCGGACUGAUAUUAUUGGCUCAGUUUUUCUUUGCUUCUUUCUUUAAAGAACCCAAAGUUCUCAGUCAGGAGAGACCCCUGCUAAAUUAACUGGAGUCUUACCUGAGUAAGGACUGUAGGAUUUUGGGCUUAAGGGCACAUUUUCUUCCCUUAUGCUUACGGGAACUGUGUGUGCAUGGAUGAUACACCUGCAUCUAAUUCCACUACAAAGUCUAUAGCAUAGCUCAGUGGCUAAGGCAGUGAUCUGAUUAAAAUUCAGAGAGCUUGUAUGACUCCCAUUGGAGUAAAUCCAUCAGUUGUAGAUGUGAAGCAGGCAGUAGAACUUACUAUUUAUUUGUAUGACUAUCGUGCCUAGGAGCCCUAGUCCUAGAUUAGGAUUCCCUUGUGCUGUGUGCUGUACAGUUUGGCUCACAGGCCACAUAAUAAAUUUAAAUUACACUUUCCAUGGACUGACUUGAGUCUAUGGGAAAAUAAAAUCUACAAGAGCCCCCUUUUAUUUAGUUAGGGUUGUCUUUUUUUUUUUUAAACAGACAAGCUAGUUUGACAAAAUAUUAGAAAAUUCAGAAAAUCAAACACUUCAGAUAUCUAAAGAGAUUAAGUGUAAAUUAAUCCACUAUGCACUAAAAUAAUGGUUUUGAUCAGUUUGAUUCUAGAGGUUUUCCCCCCAAAUGUCCAUUGACACUGUGUGGAAAAACAUGCAUGAAUGAUUAAUCACCAAAUUUUUCUUAUUGUUUUGGUUGGAGGGGAAUUAGGCUAAUAUUGUAAACUUACUAAAAUAUUUUAGCCAUAAGUGUGUCGAUGUACAAAGAAAAAGGUGAACCUGGUUUUAUAGAAGGCUGAGAGAGCAGGCUGCUUUAUGGCUUGCAUGAAGAAAUAAAGUAAAUGGCAUGUGGUUAGCUAUCAGACAAAUCAGUGGUUUAAGUGGGUACUAUCUUGCUGACUUUGAAGGCUAUGGAAAGGGUUCCCAAACUUUGUUGGCAUAACUCUGUUUUAAUUAAUUAUUUCCUGCCGGGACUCCAGAUAGCAUAGAGGAUGCCAUUUUGUAGAGCAAAACGGAGUCCUCUGUGACCCCAUAUGCUGAUGGUGCAUUGUAACCCACUGUUUGGGAACCUUUGGGCUAGGCUUAUAUGAAAAGAUUUUGAAAAUCUGAAUGGCUUUUUUAUAAAUACGUAUAUAUAAUAUAUAAAAUAGAACAAUGUAGAUACCUAAUGUAUAUAAUGCAGAAUUUAAAACAAUUUUACUACUAAAAUACAGUCUAAGGGUGGCUCUCAUUUUGGUAGUUAUUUUUUCUGUUGAUCUUUCUGAAGUGUCACACCUGUUCUGGCUGCUAUACAAUGUACCUUCUAGUUCACUAGUUCAACUUCCAUAGUGCUACUUUCACUACAGUAAUUAACUAAAACUGUGAUGCCACGUAACUUAUACAGUGAACAUAGCAGGGACUACGUUAUUUGCUUUAAAAAGGUAAAAGUCCUGUGUAUAUAUCUGUCAUUGAAUACUGUAGUACAAAACUGUGUUGAAUUGCAAGUAAUACCAUGCUCUAUUUUCUGUGUAUCUUACUGUAUGAGGUUGCUGUGAUUGAGACAGUAAAAUAUAUGCUAACUUACAA